UCUCUCUCACACACAGGAAUGAGGUAUCUGUUUUUCUAGACAGAGAGAGUCAGCACAGCACGCUUGCUGCCUUGCCCACGGAUCACAACAAAUUUCAAGGGUUGCGUGGGAAGCUCUCCAAUUCCGUUUACAAACACAUAUUCUUCUCCUCCUUCUAAUCUCUUCCAUCUUCAAUCCCCUUGCUUUCAAGCUUUCUUUACUCCCCAACAAAAAGACAGAAAGUUUACAAUCAAGAAAACGAGAGAAAUUAAAAUACAGCUUCAAUUAAAGCUUUGGAUCACUAUCCUAUUCAGUUCACACUUCACAUGUAGUUUUCCCUGUUCUUUCUUUUCUUUGCUCUUCUGCUUGUAGUCUGUCACACUCCAUUCAGGUUUUUUCAAGGCUUCCUUUCUGUUCACUCUCUGGGUUUCACAGUUCUUGAGGUUUAGGCAUGUGGGUGUCUAUAACUUUCAGCAUUAAUUGAAAGAUCUCUGUGGAGUGGGUUUUUUUUUUUUUUGUUUAUUUUGUGUUGUCAGGGAAAAAAACAUGGAGGGAUAUUCAAGAAAGGAAGAGAAAUGCAAUAAUAAGGUUCUGUUUGAUUUGGUUCCCAAAGAGAGUGAGUGGGUUGUGAAGAAGGAAGGGAGAAGCCAUGGGGUUUGUGAAGAGAAAAAGCUGGAACUGAGGCUUGGUCCACCAGAUGGAGAUUGGUGUGUGAAAGAUAGCUCCAAGGUUAGGGGAAGAGAUGAUUCUUCUUCUUCACACCUCUCUUUCACCCAUAAUUUCUCCUGUGCUACUGCAAAGAGAGGGUUCUUGGAUCCUCCUGUUAAUGGAGCCCAACCCCAUCAGUUCUCAUCGUUCCUUCAACUUCAAUCACCCAGCCAGUGUAUGCAUGUGAGGCCACAGGAGCCAUCACAGCCUGGGUGUUCUAAAGGUGUAGACUUGAACAGUUCAGAGAAGAUGGCAUUUUCUCCACCUGCUGUGCCCAACACCUCUCAGAAAAGGACUGCUCCUUCUCCAGUUGUGGGGUGGCCGCCACUUCGUUCGUUCAGGAAGAAUCUUGCAAGUAGCAGCUCCCUGAAACAAAUCCCGGAGUCACAAAAUGCAGUCUCGAACAAGUUUUCGAGUGAAAAGCCGAUGGAAAGGAGCCAGCAAAAAGGUUUCUUUGUUAAGAUUAACAUGGAUGGAAUUCCCAUUGGAAGAAAAGUGGAUCUCAGCGCCUAUGACAGCUACGAAAAGCUUGCUUCUGCUGUCAAUGAACUCUUUAAAGGCCUUCUUGCAGCUCAAACUGAAGGUGGAAACCGCAACAAGGAAGGGGGAGAGAAAGCGAUAACUGGAUUGUUAGAUGGAAGCGGGGAAUAUACCCUGGUUUACGAGGAUAACGAAGGGGACACAAUGCUCGUUGGGGAUGAUGUCCAUUGGCAAAUGUUCGUGUCAACUGUGAAGAGGCUGCGCGUGUUGAAAACCUCUGAGCUCUCCACUCUAAGCCGUGGGAAGCAGGUGAAGCUCUAACUUAACAAGGAGGAAGCUAAGAAGCCUUCUGUGUGAAGAGUCUUUUGCAAAUAUUGUGUUGAGUUGUUUUUGUUAGUCAUCUAUGUUUUUGGAUAAAAUUUUGAGUUGAAGCCAGAAAAAAUAAACAUGUAACUGUAUGUAUAAUUCCAGCAAUCUUUUUGUUCCUGUGAAGACAAACAAUCUUGGUGCUUUUUGUAGGAUAAAUUACCAUCCCUAAACUUUUGUGCAUUAUGC